UUAGAAUAAUGAGCCUUUAUCUAUUGACAAGUUCAGUGUUGAUGAUAAUAACACUCCAUAUCAUGAUACUGAUCGAAAUAUUAAGUUUUUUAUGCAUCUGAGAAAAUAUCCCCAUUGAAUAGGGAAAGUCAACGAUUGAAAGAUGUUUAGUAUCAGCUUGAGGAAUUAUAUCAGUUGUACGGCACUAGCUGUUUUAUCAGUGGACUUACUGGCCACCUCCGGAGACAUCACGAUGACAUGGUCCUCCCCAAUGUUCCCAAAACUGUACUCCAACGACACAACCGUCAACCCUCUGGGAACUCCGAUAACCGCAGACGAAGACAGCUGGAUCGGAUCCCUGCUCAACAUCGGUGCCAUAGUGGGACCGCUUCCAUUCGGUUUCAUCUCCGAAAGAUAUGGAAGAAAAAUCGCCCUGCUAGCCAUAGCUGUGCCCCACAUCAUCUCCUACGUCACCAUGGCCUUUGCUAACAAUGUAUACAUAUUUUAUUUCGGGAGACUUCUUGGAGGGGUAGCAGUUGGUGGGGGUUAUACGCUGCUCCCCAUGUACAUAGCAGAAGUGGCAGAGGAGUCUGAAAGGGGAAUUUACUCUGUCACUCUAGGCAUCUUUUGGGCGUUUGGUAAUUUCUUUCCAUACGCCGUAGGACCAUUCCUCUCGGUCAUGUGGUUCAAUCUGGCACUGGCUUGUUUUCCUCUGGCAUUCUUACUAGCCUUCUCGAUUUUUGGAAGGGAAACGCCCUAUUACUUGAUGAGUGCUGGGAAAACUCUAGAAGCCAAGGAAGUACUGAUGUAUUUGAGGUCCAAGAGCGAGAAGGACGUGGAAGUUGAACUGGAAUUAAUCAAAACUACUCUGGAUAAGGAAGAACAUGGUCGUCUCUCAGAUGUCCUCAAGAACAAGGGACUAAGGAAAGCAUUGUUUAUUUCUGUAGCUUUACUGGCAUUCCAGCAGCUUUCUGGGGUGAACGCGAUCAGCUUUUAUAUGCAACCAAUUUUCGAAGCUUCAGGAACUAGUAUAUCAUCAGAUUGGUCCGCAUUAUCAGCAGGUAUUUGCAUUUUCAUCUUCAGCCUCCUGAUUCCCGUAGUCGUCGAUAGAUUUGAUCGGACUGUUCUGAUCACAUUCGCUUCUUUACUUAUGUCUCUAUGUUUAUCAGCAAUUGGAAUAUUCUUUUAUAUAAAGGAUAAGACUGACUUGAGCUCGAAAUCGAUAUUCUGGUUGCCCUUGGCGAGUCUUGUGGUGAAUACAUUCGCUUUCCAAGUGGGAUUUGCUGCUAUUCCCUGGACGAUAUCGUCAGAGCUGUUUCCGAACGAUGUGAAGAACGUUGCUGCCUCAGCCACUUCGAUCUCAUGCUACUUGACAUCUUUUCUCAUGACCAAGUUCUUUGAUGAUAUGACGAAAAGUCUCGGUGUCUACGGAACGUUUUGGUUUUUUGCCUUUUCCUGUAUAUUGUGUGCCGCGUUCACUCAUUUUUAUGUACCAGAAACUCGAGGAAAGACAUUUAUGGAGAUUCAACAAAUAUUACAGAAAUGAGAGGUAACUUGAUACUGUUGGCAACUGAACAGGACGUCUAGCCAAUGAAAGACUGGUAUACUGAAUACUUAUGUCAGUAUACGAAACUGACAUUGCCCAACUAGACUCAACAAAACGGUGUACUGGAGUCCUUGAAGAGAUGGCAAUUCAUGCAAAGUUCUUCAAACAGAUUUGAACGUAUCGAAUAUGAAGUUAAUAUAGAGGUUUACCGAAAAAUGCUUUGACCGACUAGUUAACAAUGUCGCAGUUGACAUCGAAUCUUCGAUCUAACGGCAAUUACGGUCUAGUUAGUUUAUGUCGGUUAUCUGAACCCACAAUGAUAACAGAAUUUCU